CCCGGCUGUGUAACUUUCGCCAGUAGCGGUGUGGUCCCUGUGAGUGGUCAAUCUCGGCCCCAUUCGGAUUUUCGGAAUAAAAUCGCGUGUGAAGCUCCUGACUUUACGGCAGUGACCCCAAGAGGAUACAAGGAUGGCCAAGUGGGGUGAAGGAGACCCUCGUUGGAUUGUCGAGGAGCGUCCCGAUGCUACCAAUGUUAAUAAUUGGCACUGGACUGAGAAGGAUGCAACGCAAUGGUCGAAGGACAAACUGAACGCAUUGUUCACUAAUCUAGAAAUCGAAGACACUAUUCUAUCUGUCACGAUAACCGAAGUGAGCAAAUUCGAAGGUGAUGCCGUUGUCAAUAAUAGGAAGGCGAAGCUGAUUUUCAUUUAUGAUUUAAAUUUGGAAUUGAGUUGGGAGGGAAGAUGUGCAGGGAGCGAUGAAGUCGUCAAAGGGAAGGUUGAGAUACCAAAUCUGUCCGAGGAGAAUGAUCUUGAUGAGAUCGUCAUCGACGUCAUGCUCUCCGAUCCCACAAGCGGCUUCGUAGCCGAGAAGAUCAAAGCCAUGAUGAGGAGCAAAGGAGUCGACGUGAUCCGAGACAAGUUAUCAGACUAUCUCAACGCCCUGCGAGCCGACUAUAGCCAAGGUCUCAUCUUGCCCACCAAGGGCGGAAACCUGAAUGUCACCUCCACGAAGGGAAAAACUGGGUUGAACAAGACUAGCACGUAUCAUCCCCCGAAACAAGACGCGGGAACGUCAGGAGUGAAGAUAAACACCACAAACUUGACCAUGGAAGAAGAAUUCAAAUGCACUGCCUAUGAGCUCUACAGAGUCUUCACUGUCCAAGACAUGGUUCAGGCGUUCAGUCAAGGUCCCGCAGAGAUCGUGGCGGAGAUAGGUGGCAAGAUCCUCAUGCUCGAUACCAAUGUUUCGGGGAAGUUUCUGACCCUCAAUCCGCCAGACCGGCUGGAGUUCUCGUGGAGAUUCAAGAGCUGGCCUGCGGAACAUUACUCGAAGGUCUCGAUGACUCUUGAUCAAACAAACGACUCGACGAAACUGAAAAUGAUCCAGGAAGGAGUCCCCGAAGCGGAAUUGGAACGCACCAGAGCCGGUUGGCAGAGAUACUAUUUCGAUGCCAUCAAACGAACUUUCGGUUUCGGGGCCAUCCUCAGCGGUGGCGGCUUCUAGAGAGCCGAUUGGAAUCGAUCCGGAGCGGAUAGAUUCAACGGUUGACAGGAUAGGUGCAACGGGAGCUCCAGGUCGAGUAAGAGCGUAAAUUAUGAGAGCAAACUGAACAGCAGCACGUAACGCUGUGUUGUAAAAUGAAAGAGAUUCUUCACUGUUCGACCCUAUCCUUCCAGACUCAGUCUGUUCUCGGUAAUAAAGUCCAGCGUCAUUGUA